UGUUGUGUCUGCUUGUGCGUCUCGCCGGAAUCAACUCGCACACUCGCCAUGUCGGCGUCCUUCACCGGUGUUUCUGUCGUCUCCGGCACCGGCGAGCUGUGCCCUUGCGCCGAGUUGUUGACCGACACCAACGCGGAUUAUGGGUACCACCUACUCGCGGUCCAAGACUACACCGCCACCAAGAGAGCGACACCCACCGGCCAGAGCAUCAACUCGCGUCCUUUCAUCGUAGGAGAUCACGAGUGGUACAUCCGGUACUUCCCUAACGGUGACAAGCCAAGCUGCGCCGACUUCAUAUCUCUCUACCUUUGUCGUCUCAUAGACGAUGACGACGAUGACAGCGAUGAUGAAGACGAGACUGUGGAGGCCAAGUUCAGUUUUAGUUUCAUCGACCAGAUUGAGAAGCACAAGCCAGUGUACAUUCCUGGAACUAAGACCUACAGCUUCUCCCGCAGUGAGACGUCCCAGGGCAACGACAAGUUCACAAGGAAAGAUGUCCUUGAACAAUCACGUAAUAUGAAGUGUGGUGGUUUCAACAUCCGAUGCGAUGUCAUCGUUUGCAAUACCGAGGUCGCCGCCACCCUUCCUCAUGAUAUAUGUCAACAUUUCAACAAUCUUCUUCAAACCAAGGUGGGUGCCGACGUGAUGUUUGACGUCAGCGGCGAGACGUUUGCUGCACACCGGUGUGUGCUUGCUGCCCGAUCAACAGUCUUCAUGGCGCAACUCUUUGGCCCCAUGAAGGAAGGCACCACUACGUCUAGCGUAAUACAAAUCAAAGACAUGGACGCAACAAUAUUCAGCACUUUGCUUAGCUUCAUCUACACUGACUCGUUUCGAGAAAUGGAGAAGGAUGACAUGGAGGAGGACGAAGCACAAGCCGUUGAAGAAGAGGAUGAAAUGAGGUUGCAAUGGCUACAAGACUUGUUUGCAGCCGCAGACAGAUAUGACCUCCGGCGGUUCAAGUUCAUAUGUGAAAAGCACUGGUCUGAGGAGGUACACGUGAGCUCGGUGGGGUCCACUCUUGCUCUGGCCGAGCAACACCAUUGUCACGGUUUGAAAGAGGCAUGUUUGAGGUUCAUCCAAGCCCAAUCUCUCUCAUGUCUGCAAAGAAUAAUGGAAACUAAUGGCUGGAAGUAUUUGAUCAUGACCAAUCCCUCUGUUUUGAACGAGCUCAUUACCAAGCUUGCUUCGAACCAGCGCAAAUAG